AUGGCCGGUGAACCCCAACAAAAGCGUCGCAGGUUACCCUUCAAGCCACCGAGCCGCACUUCCAGUGCAGGUCCAUCUGCGGGCGCAUCAACAACGAGCAAAGGCAAAGGCAAAGCCAGAGAAACCCCCGCUCAAUCUACCUCUUCAAAGCCGCCAUCAGCACCGGUCGAGACAUCAACAUCCAAAGCUAAAGGGAAACGUCCCAGUAGUGACUAUGCCCAUGCUUUACCUGCCACCCCGUCUGACUUUGGAUCCGACUCCGAAUCCGAGACAUCGGACCGCGACGUCGAGCGCCCCAUCUCCGAAGAGCCCGAUUACAUUCUAGCUGAAAUUAUCAACCGGACACCACAGGAGAACAUUGCGUUGGGAACUCCACAAAUUAAUCCUAAAUUAAUGACUGCGAUUUUUCACCACUUUUUGAAAAAUGAUAAGACUCGCAUUUCGAAAGAUGCUGAUGCCAUGAUGGCGAAGUACAUGGAUCUCUUUGUAAGAGAGGCUAUUGCCCGUGGGAAGCUUGAGAGGGAUUUGGUCAAUGAGAGUAAAGGGAGAUCUGGCUCUGGUGAUAAUUUUAUUGAGGUUGAAGACCUUGAGACAUUGGCCCCAUGGCUUAUUAUGGAUUUCUAA